CCAAGUCCAAGAAAAUUUCUGAAAAUUAAAAAAUAAACAUAGGUUAUUUAACCUUCAGUUUGUAAUUGCUCUUUGGGAAUUAGGGGAAGUACUUAUUUUCAGUUGUGAAAUUGAAAAAAAGGUGAGCAACAUACCGUUUUCAAAAUGUAGUUCGUACGUAUUAUUUUGUAUGUAAUGAUAAGAUAAAGAAUAAAUGGGUAGUACAAGUAGAACAUACAGUCGAUGUGAUUCAGAAUAUUUGUGUGAGUUUUUAGUAGGAAAUCUUGAGGAAACCCUGAUGAUGGAGAGAAGAAAUAGUAUGCCACCUCUCGAAUUGUCCUCCUAUUUUGAGGCACGUACAAGUAAGAAUGUUUUGUAUACAUCUGUUAGCAAUUCAAAUAUUGUAAAACUGGGCAAAGAAGAGAAAGCCAAACGGACCAGGAGGUCCAGAAAGAACAAAACACCAAAGCAGGCUCCUGACAACGUGACAAACAUGACACCGGUUAUAAAAAAAUUUCACAAUGUGUCACAAUCAAAUUUCGAAACUACCCCGCAGAAACAGAAACCUUUAACAAAUAAAUGUACAGUGCAGACGCCAGUUGCACCAAAACAGAAACAUAUUGUUAAACAGCCAGCUGAGCAAGUAGAAAUUAAAGCCAGUUUUACGGUUAAGCCUGUAGAAAGUCCCGAAACCGGUUAUUUCUUAAGAAGACGAAAUUCAAGGUAUAAAUACAUUAAUCUGAAGUCUUUCACAAGGAACAUUAACAAGACACCAUGUGUUUUUGUGUCUAACCUGACAACUCCCACGGACUUGGCUGCUAAAUGUGAAAAAUUAUCCAUAUACGGUAAAAAGGACAUGACAAAAGCUCAAUUGAAGAGGUUCCCUCAAGGUUUGCGGCAGAAUGAACCUACCCCUUCAACAUCGGCAAAGCCUGUAAAGAGAAAAAAGAAAGAAAAGAAACCGAUUACCUUCGAAGAGUAUAUAGAUGCUGUUGCAGUCACUGAAAGGUUGAAAAAAGGUGAAUUAGUAAAAGGUAUUGUAAGAAUUAACCCUAAGAAUUUCAAAGACGCUUACGUUAGCAAUGAAGAUACUAGCCUGUCUGAUUAUUACUUAACUUCUGUUGUGGACAGAAAUAGAGCUUUGGAGGGAGACGAGGUUAUUCUGAAGAUCAAGCCGAAAGAUCAGUGGAUGGAUGGAAAGAAAACCGCCGCAGUCGUGUACAUAUCAAAAUUGGUUCAUCCCAGAAUAAGCAUCGGCGUAUUAAAACCGUUGGAGAAAAAAAAUUCAGAAUUUGCCAUGUUCUACCCAAGGGACAAACGAAUACCACUUUUAAGGAUACCGGCCAUAAGUUGGCCCAAUGGCUUCCAAGCGAAUCCCAAGCAGUACGAAAAGAUAUUAUUCGUAGCUAAAAUUGUUGAGUGGAAGGUACCUACCCAUGCCAUAGGAAUGCUUACGGAAAACCUUGGUGCCAUGGGUGACUUGGGCGUGGAAACGAUGUCAAUUUUACGAGAAUUCGACUUAGACAUCACCCCGUUCAGCCCUUACGUGCUCGAGUGCUUGCCGAAAUCGGACGAAAUACCACAGAAAGAAUUUGAGUAUAGAGAAGACAUCAGAAAGCAGUGUGCUUUUACUAUCGACCCGGCCACAGCGAGGGAUCUGGAUGAUGCUGUUUCGGUACGGGAAUUACCUAACGGCAACUAUGAGGUUGGCGUUCACAUAUCUGACGCUUCGUUUUACUUAGAAGAAGGUACAGAAUUAGACCAAAUGGUCAGUAAGAAGGCUACGACGGUCUAUAUGGUGCAGAAGGCAUACCACAUGUUGCCCAUCGAACUAUGUCUUAUAUAUUCUCUCUUGCCGGGUCAAGACCGGCUUUCUUUCUCAGUAUUUUGGGAAAUGACGCAGAACGGCGACAUUAUCAGUAAACGGUUCACCAGAAGUAUUAUGAAUUCUUGUACCCAGUUAGCAUACGAGCACGCGCAGAUGAUUAUCGAGAAUCCAAACAAAGAAUUCAAAGAGGAAAACUUCCCCACCAUUCACAACGGAUUUACGGUAGACGACUUAAGAAAAACCAUAAACGUCCUACAAAAUAUCGCGGUCAAGCUAAGGGAACGUAGGAUGCGGAAUGGAACACUCAAAAUCGAUCAGGUUAAGUUAUCGUUCAACUUGGAUCCAAAAACUGGCGAGCCGCUCGAUUUUUGGAUAUACGAGAACAAGGAAUCACAUAGAUUGAUAGAAGAGUUCAUGUUGCUGGCUAAUAUUACAGUUGCACAGCGGAUAAACGAGUAUUUUCCGGAUAUAGCGUUUUUGAGAUGCCACGAACCCCCUAAACAGACUAUGUUGGUCGAGCUACAGAAUAAUUUAGCCACUUGUGGAAUACACAUUGAUAUCUCCUCAUCGGGAGGAAUUAACGCGUCAAUGAAGAAGUAUAUCACGGAUGACUAUCCAGGGCAGUGCCGAGCAGCCGUUCUAAACCACAUAACGGCCAAAGCCAUGACGAGGGCACGUUACUUCUGCGCCGCCACGAUGGAAUCCGAGCUAGAUUACAAACAUUAUGCUCUAAGCAUCCCUAUUUACACACAUUUCACUUCUCCCAUCCGACGCUACGCCGACAUAAUGGCACACCGUCUGUUGGCAGCUUCUUUAAAUUACUGCGAAAAACCUGCUUGGGAUGCUGACUACGUCAAGGCCAUUGCGGCAAAUUGCAACGCACAAAAAUACAAUGCGAAAAGGGCGGGCGAAGCGAGUUGUGACUUGUACCUCGCUCACUACGUGGAGAAACAUCAACCGUUCGAGCAGGAUUGCGUCGUUGUUGAUGUUAAAGAAAGAUCCUUUGACGUUAUCGUCUUGAAAACGGGCAGCAUCGUACGGAUUUAUCAAAACAGCUGCGAGGAAGGAACCACUUGGCAAACAGAGGUUAUAUCUAGCAUGACCUCUGAGGUCAACGCAAGGAAUGGUGAGAAGUCAAAGGGGGAAUCUGAGAAGAGACUGUAUAGGUUGAGGAUUACUUUCCCGAAGACGAAACACUUUCCAGAAUAUGUACUUAUCGUCGAGCUGUUUACUUCGGUGAAAGUAAAUUUGAUGCGGCAGAAUUCUUAUAAACUGGAAGGUACUUUACUGCGGCCAAUAAUGUCGCAGUCGUUUGCAAGGCAAUAAGUAACUUUUAAGAACGGAAUAAGACGGAUUUUGAUUAUCAUGUAUAAAAAACGCUGUGUAAAUAAAUAUUGAUUUUAUACAUUUGAUAUACUUUAUUUUCGGAAGAAAAAAUAUUGGGAAAUAAAUACUAUUAAAAUUAU